AAAACCCUUUGGCUUUGACAGCCGCCGCCACAAGUCUUUCCGCCUCCCCAGCCUGCCUGGGAGCUGGGAGCUGGAUUAUGGUGGCCUGACCAGCAAACGCAGCCGCAGGAGCCCAGAGCCCCUGCCCCUUCCCCCGCUGCCGACCCACCAGGAGGACCAGGAAACCAGCCUCGACGGGCCAUGCCCGCCCCUCCCAGCCCCCCGGGGGGCCGGAGCCGUCCUCUCCCAGACCUCUGCUGAGGCUGGCUGCCGGCGGCCAGAUGUAGCCGGGCUUCGGAUCCGUCUCCUCCCCUUCUCUCUCCCUGCGAAUUUCUCCUGCCCGAUACCCACAGCCUGGACGGCGGGCUGGCUGAGGGGCCUGCAGCCUCCGGAGCCCUGAUGUCUCACAGCUCACGCUCCUAAGAAGCCACUACCGGCACCCAGAGCUGGGGGCAGGCAACAGGGACACGCGGGCCAGAGUGAGCCCAGAGGGCCCGACGGCCAGGGCCCACCAUGGCCCAAGUGCUGCCCUGGCUCCUGCUGUGGAUGGGCGCGGGAGUGCUGCCUGCCCACUGUACCCAGCCUGGUAUCCGGCUGCCCCUGCGAAGUGGGCUGGGAGGCGCCCCCCUGGGGCUGCGGCUGCCCCGGGAGACUGACGAGGAGCCGGAGGAGCCCGGCCGGAGGGGCAGCUUUGUGGAGAUGGUGGACAACCUGAGGGGCAAGUCCGGUCAGGGCUACUACGUGGAGAUGACCGUGGGCAGCCCCCCACAGACGCUCAACAUCCUGGUGGACACAGGCAGCAGUAACUUUGCAGUAGGGGCUGCCCCCCACCCUUUCCUGCAUCGCUACUACCAGAGGCAGCUGUCCAGCACAUACCGGGACCUCCGGAAGGGCGUGUAUGUGCCCUACACCCAGGGCAAGUGGGAGGGGGAGCUGGGCACCGACCUGGUGAGCAUCCCCCAUGGCCCCAACGUCACUGUGCGUGCCAACAUCGCUGCCAUCACUGAAUCAGACAAGUUCUUCAUCAAUGGCUCCAACUGGGAGGGCAUCUUGGGGCUGGCCUAUGCUGAGAUUGCCAGGCCCGAUGACUCCCUGGAGCCGUUCUUUGACUCCCUGGUAAAGCAGACCCACGUUCCCAACCUCUUCUCCCUACAGCUCUGUGGUGCUGGCUUCCCCUUCAACCAGUCAGAAGUGCUGGCUUCAGUUGGAGGGAGCAUGAUCAUUGGGGGUAUCGAUCACUCGCUGUACACAGGCAGCCUCUGGUACACACCCAUCCGGCGGGAGUGGUAUUAUGAGGUGAUCAUUGUGCGGGUGGAGAUCAAUGGACAGGAUCUGAAAAUGGACUGCAAGGAGUACAACUAUGACAAGAGCAUCGUGGACAGUGGCACCACCAACCUUCGUUUGCCCAAGAAAGUGUUUGAAGCUGCUGUGAAAUCCAUCAAGGCAGCCUCUUCGACGGAGAAGUUCCCAGAUGGUUUUUGGCUCGGGGAACAGCUGGUGUGCUGGCAAGCAGGCACUACCCCUUGGAACAUUUUCCCAGUCAUCUCACUCUACCUGAUGGGGGAGGUCACCAAUCAGUCCUUCCGCAUCACUAUCCUUCCACAGCAAUACCUGCGGCCAGUGGAAGACGUGGCCACAUCCCAAGACGACUGUUACAAGUUCGCCAUCUCACAGUCAUCCACAGGCACUGUUAUGGGAGCUGUUAUCAUGGAGGGCUUCUACGUUGUCUUUGAUCGAGCCCGAAAACGAAUUGGCUUUGCUGUCAGUGCCUGCCAUGUGCACGAUGAGUUCAGGACAGCAGCGGUGGAAGGCCCUUUUGUCACCCUGGACAUGGAAGACUGUGGCUACAACAUUCCACAGACAGAUGAAUCAACCCUCAUGACCAUAGCCUAUGUCAUGGCUGCCAUCUGCGCCCUCUUCAUGCUGCCACUCUGCCUCAUGGUGUGUCAGUGGCGCUGCCUCCGCUGCCUGCGCCAUCAGCACGAUGACUUUGCUGAUGACAUCUCCCUGCUGAAGUGAGGAGAUCCAUGGGCAGAAGACAGAGAUUCCCCUGGACCACAUCUGGGUGGUUCACUUUGGUCAUGAGUAGGAGACACAGAUGGCACCUGUGGCCAGAGCACCUCAGGACCCUCACCCACCCACCAAAUGCCUCUGCCUGACAGAAAAGAAGGAAAAGCUGGCAAGGUGGGAUACAGGGAUUGCACCUGUAGGAAACAGGAGAGGGAAGAAAGAAGCGCUCUGGUGGCGGGAACAUUCUUGGUCACCUCAAACUUGAGUUGGGAAAAUUCUGCUGCUUGAAACUUCAGCUCUGAACCUUUGCCCACCAUCCCUUUUGACUCUCUAACCUGAAGUAUUCUUCUUUUCUUAGUUCCAGAAGUAGUGGCAUCACACCCAGGUUACCCCCGUGUGUGUCUCUGCAGAACCCUGGCAGAGAAAGGGCCAAUCUUGUUUCCCUGCUGGCCACAGUCAGCAGGAGAGGAUGCACAGUUUGCUAUUUGCUUUAGAGACAGGGACUGUAUAAACAAGCCUAACAUCGGUGCAAAGACUGCCUCUCUUCAAUUAAACAAAAAAUUAGAUUGGAUAUCUGUACAAAACAGGGCAGUUGGAAGAGGAGGAGAGGCAGUGCAAAGACAGGGAACAGUUGGGAUCAAAGCUAGGAAAGGCAGAAACAUGCCCACUCGCCAGUCCCAGUUUUAGACUUCAUCUCCAAGACAGAAUCCCAUCUCGUAAGAUGGGUGUUGGUUCCCAAUGUUUUCUUCUCUGUGGUUGCAGCCUGACCAAAAGUGAGAUGGGAAGAAGGGCUUACUUAGCCAAAAAGCUCUAUUUAGCUCUCUUAAAUGAAAAGUGCCCACUAAGAGGUUCCAUCCAACAAACAAAUUUCUACCUUAAUAAUUCCACUUGUCCCUACCUGAACCUUUUACUCUACAUAUGAUAGGCAGCACUGAACUACCCCAACCCCGCUAAGUCCCAGGUGCCCUGUGGGAAAGCAGCUGGAAUACAGCAAACACAGCAGGGCUGGGCUUUGUCUUCCUGGUUACAUGUUCACUCCCUCCCCCAAAUCCCUAUUCCUCUGGAGCUUUGCAGCUGAGGUGCUAAGAAUAGAUAGGAGACCUCUCCUACCUAAUCUUCAAAAGCAGAAUCCUGAAGAUUCAUCCAGCAGGUAUAGGGUUGAUGCCUUGUACCUCUGCCUGGAUUUCUUCCUGAUCAGCUGUAAGUAGUAGUAAGAUCUUACCAUAACACAGAGCAGUUUCACUGCCCUCUCACCCUCUCUAAUGUCCCUCCAUUUACUUGGCUAAGGCAUCCCACAGGGGCACUAGUAUUACACCACGAGUGUCAGGAACACAGGGCAUUCUGGCUCUACAUCAUCGCCUUCACUAUCAAGGCUGCCUGAAGCAAGGAUGGCAGCCUCAGGGCUUCCUUAAUUCUUUCACCACAAGAGCCCCUGGAUGGAGGCCAUCCUCUUCCCGUAUCCUACUCUCUACUCCCCACUUCGAAUAGUACUUGGGUUCCCAGGCUGGUUCUUGGGCUACGUAGUGGGGACCAAGUUCAUUUCCUCCCUAUCAGUUCUAACACAGUCGACUAUGAUACCAGUGUUAGCACGAAGAGCUGAAUUUUCAUGGUAUACCCGCUGGAUCCUAUUCCUAUCUGGUCAACACACUGCUUCCAGGUAUGGGACUUGCUGAAUGUGGAAUUACCUGAUGAGGGAGAGGGAAAUACAAAAAAGGCCUCUGGAGAUCCUGGCCUCAGCCAGCUGCCCACAAGCCAUAAACCAAUAAAACAAGAAUACUGAGUCACAGUUUUUAUCUGGGUUCUCUUCAUUCCCACUGCACCUGGUGCUGCUUUGGCUGACUGGGAACACCCCAUAACCACAAAGACCGACAGGAAGACUGGAGACUGUCCACUUCCAGCUCGGAACCUACUGUGUAAAUAAACUUCCAGAAUUGCUA